AUGGGCAACAACCCGUCCACGCCCCAGGCGCCCCCGGGCUCGACUCGCUCGUCGCGCAACUCGCCCCGCUCCCGCACCGUCUCGCUCCCUUCCCCCGCCGACUCGCCCGCCCACGCCCAGCAGCAGCACCGCCCGCACUCGUCUCGCCGACGCAAACCCUCAAUCGAGCUCCCCGACGUCCAGCCCUCGCCCCAGCUCCCGCGCCGCAAAGGCUCGGACCGCCCACCGGUCGUCGACGAGGAGCUCGACCCAGACCCGCCAGAGGGUCAGGGAGGCUCGCUCCGCGGCGCCCUCCAGGGCAAGGCCGACCACGUCGUGUACGGCCCGCGCCGCCAAGACGACGAGACCACCCUCCUCAAGACCCCGCCCGCCCUCGUCCCGACCCCGACCGCCGCCGCCGCCGCCGCCGCCGCUCCUCCGCCGCCCAAACCCGCCGCCGCCAUGGCCAUCCCGGGCACGGGCACGCCGCGCCCUUCCCCUCGCACCCCGGGCGGCGGUGGGCCCGGCGCCCGCGACGGCAGCCUCACCAACGCCGGCAUGGGCGCCAUCGGCGCGAGCCCGCUCAUGGACCCGGACGACACGACCCACCCCGGGUUCGGCGCGAGCGCGCGCCUCACGAGUGCCGUCCUCAUGAGCACCGAGAACAUGCCCGUCGUUGGGAGCCCGCCCUCGCGCGAGGACGUGCCCGGCGCGCUCGCUCAGCGCUCGCGCGCGCUCGGCGCCGGCGGCUCGACGACGAUGACCGACAGCGGCGGGAGCACGGCGAGCGGGCCUGGAGGAGGAGCAGGGUACGACACGCCCGACGCGGCGCGCAGCGGGACCGACGUGCGCCGCGUCGUGCCCUCGCCGCAGACGUCGUUCGGCGGCGCCGCGUCGAGCAUCCUCGCGCCGUCGCCGUCGUCCACGACCGCCGCCUCGUACUCGUCGUCGGCCGCGACCGCGACGCCCGCCUCGGCGCUCCCCUCGCACCUCCCCUUGCCCUCGCACGACGAGCUCCCGAUGCCGCACACGGCGUCGCCGAGCGCGCCGUCGGCCCAGCCCUCGGACACGGUCCUCGCGCCCGUCGUCCCGACCGACGCCCUCCCGCUCGCGAGCGAGGCCAUCCCCUCGGGCACGAGUGUCAUCGCGUCGCCGCCGGGCUCGGGCGGGCCGACGACGCCUACGGGCGGCGCGUUCGCCCCGACCGACGCGUCCGGCGCCGGCGCCGACGGCGUAGAAGGAGCAGGCCCGACGUACGUCGCGCACGACGGCAGCCGGGUCCCGAGCCCGGCCGUCCUCCUGCCGCCGGCCGUCUUCAACGCGCCUGUCGCGGCGCUCCCGAUCCCGCUCCUGAGCGUGCCGAGCCAGACGAUCGCGCAGAGCCUCAUGGCGGCCGCGGUCGACCUCGGCGCGGGCGAGGGCGGCGUCCCGACGCUCAUCAAGUGGAGGGACGAGGACGGGCAGGAGGCGGCGGACGUGAGCAAGGGCAAGGCGGCAAAGGGCCCGAGGGGGGUGUUCGUCACGGGCACGUUCGCCAAAGGGUGGAAGACCAAGAUCGAGCUGCGCAAGACCGACCCGUCCGACUUUUCGGCCCUCAUCAUGCUCCCGCCCGGUCCGCAUCGCCUCAAGUUCAUCGUCGACGACGAGUGGAAGGCGUCCAAGCACCUGCCCGUCGCGACCGACGCCGACGGCAACCUCAUCAACUACCUCCAGGUGAACCCGCGCAACAGCAAGAUCCCCGUCAACGUGUGGGCGCCGCCGCCGCCUCCUCAGCAGCAGCCUGCCUCGGGCCCGGCAUCCUCGUCGACGAUCAAGACGUCGACGGCGACCUCGGCGGCCGCGACGGGCGUGCCCGUCCCGACCGCCGUCCCGACCUCGGCGCCCGUCGCGACCUCGGCCGUCGUCGCAUCGUCGACCACGACGCCGGCGACGACGCCGCUCGGUGCGCCGACGUCUCGAGCCUACGUCGCCGGCGGCUCUGGGUACCACAACGGCGUGUACUGGCCCGUCGGGCCGGACGAGGAGGGCGACGGCGCCGGCGGCGGGGCAAGCCUCGCGGCGGCGGGCGUCCACGACCCGGCCGACGACGACCACCACUGGUCGCAGGAGAUCCCGGCCGAGCUCGUCGCGUGGGGCGAGUGGGAGCAGCAGCGCGACGAGAUCGAGAGCGCCUACUACGCCGCGCACCCGAACGGGCCCGACGACGGCUCGACGCCGCCCGACUUCCCGCCGCCGCCGGCCUCGGCAGGCGUCCAGCCGCCGACGCUCCCGGCGCAACUCGAGAAGGGCCCGCUCAACCACGCGGCGUACGUGACGCAGGGCAGCGGCGACGACAACUCGAUCUUGCCCAAGCCCGACCACUCGGUCAUCAACCACCUCGCGGCGAGCCCGAUCAAGGGCGGCUUCCUCAGCGUCGGCGUCACGACGAGGUACAAGCGCAAGUUCGUCACCAUCGUCUACUACAAGGCGCUCAACCGGUAGCCCCUCUCGCGCUCGUCCCGACCCGACCCUCCCUUGCCUUCCACCUCGUGCACAUAGCCCUCUCCUCUCGCCCUCUCACUCUCGUCGUCAGCAGUCCUGUCGUGCCCGAGCCUUUCCAUCUGUACCUCGCCCGCCCCUUUCUGUGCUUGCCACCUCGCCCUUUCUAUCCGUUUAGACCCUCUCUCGCCUCGUCCUUCUUUCUCACUCGGGCGCCUCUCAUAGCUCGCCGACGUUGUGCAACGGCGCUCGUAGACAGA